GAGUCUGAACACACCUCAACAAGCAACCAGCACAUCAACUACUAGGAAUUUCCUUAUAACUUUUUCCUUCAUAACAGGAUUGCAAGGAAAAAAAGACACUGGGACAGACUUUUACCUACAGAAACUUUGUGUUUUGGACAUUUGGGACUUUCACUCUCUUUUUGUUUGUGGAGUGAUUUUCCUUUAAUUGGUGUUUUUGGAGACACUGUUUGAGAGACUGAGUUGAUGCAUACUCUCUCUGCUGUGACACUGAUUUGUUGAGAGUUUCUAAAAAAGCAGCUGGUAAGCUUCACUAUACUUUUUUUCAUCUCUCCUAUAUGACUUUAAUGUCUACAAAGAUGGAACAGCCUUUUUAUCAUGACGACUCAUUCCUGUCUGCUUACGGCCACUCAGAUGCAGCAAUGCACGACUACAAGCUGCUAAAGCAGAAUAUGAAUCUGAACUUGACAGAGCCAUAUCGCAACCUGAAAAACCAGCUGAGAGCAGCCGAGGUGGACCCGUACCAAACCGGCCACCACCACCACGACGUGGGGUCUCUGAAGCUCGCAUCUCCGGAGCUAGAGAGGCUCAUCAUCCAGAACAGUAACGGUGUCAUCACCACUCCGACACCGGGCCAGUACUUCUACAACCGGGGCAUCACGGAUGAGCAGGAAGGCUUCGCGGAAGGUUUUGUGAAAGCUUUGGAUGAGCUGCACAAGAUGAACCAGAUGCCUCCUCCUAACGUGUCCAUUGGUGCCGGUGGAGUCACCACCAGUUGCUCUGCAGCGGCCUCUAGUGUCUUCGGCGCCGCCUUGCAGCAGCCGGAGCCUCCCAUCUACACCACGCUGAACGCCUACUGUCCAAACACGAGUCUCUCUUCUUCCGCAACAAGCUACCCCACCGCCACUAUCAGCUACCUGCCGCCGCAGCACCAUCACCAGCACCAGCACCAGCAGAGCGCUCCGUUCCACCACGCUCUGCCGGGCUCCGCGCUCCAUCUCCCGCAGCAGCAGCAGCAGCAGCAGCAGCAGCGGCUCGUCGCUCUGAGUCUGAAAGAGGAGCCCCAGACGGUGCCCGACCUGCUCAGCAGCGACGGCGGCUCGCCUCCGAUGUCUCCCAUCAACUUGGAGAAUCAGGAGCGCAUCAAGGCGGAGAGGAAGAGGCUGAGGAACCGGCUGGCAGCGACUAAAUGCCGGAGGCGCAAGCUGGAGCGCAUCGCCCGGCUGGAGGACAAGGUGAAGGGGCUGAAAAACGACAACGUGGGGCUCUCCAACACGGCCUCGGUGCUCCGGGACCAGGUCGCUCAGCUCAAACAGAAGGUCCUGACACACGUGAGCAGCGGCUGUCAACUCAUGCUCACGAGCAAGUUGGAGGCGUUUUAAAACAACAACAGAGACUACUAAGUGACUGAAAAAAGUAAAUAACACUGGAGUUCUGCAUGCUGCAGCACUGUACUGGGAUACGAUGUGUUGUCAGCAUCGCAGGGCUAUAUGCGACAACUCUUUAGGGUGAAAAAGACUGAUUGAAAUGGUACUUCCUGGGAUGCUGGACAUCUUUGCUCACCAUUCAACCAUUGACACCUAGGGGUGCGUUCCAAAUCGCAUACUUUUUACUUUUUACCUUUAGUACAUACUGCAGCUGUGUAGUGAUGCAUGCAGUAUGCAUAACAUUGUGCCUUUUAGUACGUACUAUGCGUUCCCAGACCCAUACUACCAUACUAUUUAGUAUGCCAGAAAAAAAGAUUUAGUAUGUCCCAAUACAUAUUCUGACAUACAAUCCUCUGUGGAGGGGAUACAUGAGCAAGAGGGUCAAAGUUCAAGGUGCAAUGUUAUGAGGAAGUAGUAUGCGUACUGCAUGAAACAGUACGUACUUUGUAAAGGCAGCUGCAGCACCUACUAGAAGUAAAAAGAAAAAGUAUGCAGCAUCCAGACUGAGCAGCACAGCGGGCACAGACAGGCCCACGAGUCGGGUUUACUAAUGGUAGAAAAUGGGAAUGAUUAUUGUAUACUUUGUACUAUUUUGCAUCUGAUAUUGUCAUGCAAAUGCUGCAUUUAUUCAUUGUGUAAAUUAUUUUUGGUUGUCCGGUUGAUCCGGACUAAACUAAUGAUGUCCAAUGUUUACACUGUCUUUUUUUUAUUUGUGAUGUGUAUUUAAGUAAAGUGUCUUCAAAUGAAACGGAAA